CCGUCCACGACUUUCACGGACAGUCGUACAUCCCGGUCAACCCCACCAGUCUGCGGAUCGGACACCUCAGAAGACGAGCUGGCUGGUGAUGAGGUGAUCGUCAAGCUGCUAAGACCUGAGCCAGCGCAGCAGACCUCCUCAACGGACUGCCAACGAGACUCUGGACAGCGCCGCGUGACGCGCCCCGUUGAGUUUUCUUCAGAGCGCAUGCGCCAUGAUGGCAAGUCGGGAUGGCGUAUACGCCACAAAGGGCAAGCAAUGUUUGUACCGGAUUCCCAGUGGGUAUCUUGUGAGAGAAAUUGGAAGGAUGCUCUCUAUUGUGCCUCGCUCAACGUGUUCAUCUAUUCGCCUACGAGCAGAGACCGCCGC